UGGUCUAUUUCGUCGUCUUCGACCUCGCGGGAAUCUACUGUUGCUCACACUAUCCACUCUUCACCGGCAGCUAGAUUUCCGGGUCCUCUGUAUCGGGUCAGAUCUAGAUCCGGAUCCGGAGACGCUGAGUAUGAAACACUUGAGAACUGAGCGAGUCCGUCCGACUCCGAAGCUCUUCACUUACGUUCUCGUCGGUUUCAUCGCUCUACUCGGCUUGACUUGCCUCUACUACGGCUCUUCCUUCGCUCCCGGAUCCAGAAAGUCCGAUGAGUUCGAUGGAUCUAAUCACCGCGUUCGCACCGGAAUCGGAUCCGUGAGGAAUCGAGAUGGUGUGCUUGCAGUGAGCCGUUUCGAAGUUCCUAAAAGUGUUCCGGUUCGUGAAUCGAAUCAUUUGAUUCUAAUUGAUGUUUGGUUACAUCAUUGUCCUCCACCAGAACGGCGUUUCAAUUGCCUUGUUCCUCCUCCAAUUGGUUAUAAGAUCCCGUUAAGGUGGCCUGUGAGUAGAGACGAGGUGUGGAAGGCGAAUAUCCCCCACACACACCUUGCGCAAGAGAAAUCUGAUCAGAAUUGGAUGGUUGUUAAUGGUGAUAAGAUCAAUUUUCCUGGUGGAGGAACACAUUUCCACAACGGAGCUGACAAAUACAUUGUUUCCCUUGCUCAGAUGCUGAAAUUCCCUGGUGACAAACUCAACAAUGGGGGAAGCAUUCGGAAUGUUCUUGAUGUUGGUUGUGGGGUAGCUAGCUUCGGAGCCUAUCUUCUUUCACAUGACAUCAUAGCCAUGUCUCUUGCUCCUAAUGAUGUCCACCAGAACCAGAUCCAGUUUGCUCUAGAACGAGGGAUUCCAUCAACGCUUGGUGUUCUUGGGACUAAGCGGCUUCCAUACCCAAGCAGAUCAUUUGAACUUGCUCACUGCUCUAGAUGUCGGAUAGAUUGGCUUCAAAGAGAUGGGAUCUUGUUGCUGGAACUUGAUAGGUUGCUCAGACCUGGUGGCUACUUUGUAUACUCUUCGCCUGAAGCUUACGCACACGACCCAGAAAACAGAAAGAUUGGGAAUGCGAUGCAUGAUCUCUUCAAGAGAAUGUGUUGGAAGGUCGUGGCCAAACGAGACCAAUCUGUUAUAUGGGGAAAACCAAUAUCCAAUAGCUGUUAUUUGAAGAGGGAUCCGGGUGUCCUGCCUCCACUUUGUCCUUCUGGAGAUGACCCAGAUGCAACUUGGAACGUCUCAAUGAAGGCUUGCAUAUCACCUUACUCAGUGAGGAUGCACAAAGAAAGAUGGAGUGGACUCGUUCCCUGGCCACGGAGGCUGACAGCUCCUCCACCACGUCUUGAAGAAAUUGGUGUCACUCCUGAGCAAUUCCGUGAAGAUACGGAAACAUGGCGGCUUAGAGUGAUAGAAUACUGGAAACUGCUGAAACCAAUGGUGCAAAAGAACUCCAUAAGAAACGUGAUGGACAUGAGCUCAAACCUUGGCGGUUUCGCAGCUGCUCUAAACGAUAAAGAUGUAUGGGUAAUGAAUGUCAUGCCCGUUCAAUCCUCUCCGAGAAUGAAGAUCAUCUACGACCGUGGCCUUAUCGGAGCCACUCAUGAUUGGUGUGAAGCCUUUGACACAUACCCACGAACAUUUGAUCUUAUCCACGCAUGGAACACGUUCACAGAAACCCAAACACGUGGAUGCAGCUUUGAGGAUCUGCUUAUUGAGAUGGAUCGGAUACUACGCCCAGAAGGAUUUGUCAUAAUUCGUGACACAACAGACAAUAUUAGCUACAUCAAGAAGUAUCUGACAUUGUUGAAAUGGGAUAAAUGGUCCACAGAGACAACUCCAAAAGGUGAUUCUCUGUCGACCAAAGACGACAGAGUUUUGAUCGCCAGAAAGAGACUUUGGAGCGUGCCCGCCAAUUCAGCGUCGUGAAAUCUAACAGGCAACAUGCGACUCGUGAAUGAAUGAGAUAUACAGCAUCAGAGAGGCAUAGCUGAGGAAAAUACGCAGCGUUUAGGGUUAUUUACGUGUGAGCAAUGGAGAAGUGUAAAUUACACGACAUUCAUACAUAGUUAUGAUGCAUUUGUUGUAGGAAAACUUCAAAAUCUUCUUAUUUGCGAUCUUCAUGUUCCAAUUUAAAAGUAAAA